AUGUGCAGGUUCAAGGGUAUCAUCGGGAAACAGGCACGCCCGGAUCAAAAAAAAAACGGGACACUUUUCAAUUGGUGGUGGUGUCCAUGGACGGGUGAGCUCGUACGGUACGCGUGGAAGGAGGAAUCCCUCGACAGUUCGCAUAUUCAACCCCGAAUAAGAAAAGAGAAUUCAUGCCGUCGCUCGUCUGUUGGUUGGUUACUGUACGGCUCGUAUGGAUCCUUCGUCUGUAAUUGUGCCCAACGGCCCGAGCAUCAGACAGCAAGACAGCAAGACACGUCUGCCUGGUCGUCUGGCUCGCUCCCUGGAUGACCUGGUUGUCUAUCACGCACGUCAGCGGGCACCGGGCUGUGAUCCGCACCGGGCAGGCCAAUGGGGAUCUCCUCGUCCGCUGCCUCUUCUGUGCCAGCCAUGUCUCUCGCAAUAGCACUUGACCAGAGCACUGACCAGGGAUGAUCCGCGCAUCACCCACUUCUCCAUCACCAACGCCCCGCCGGGUACCACUUCGCAGGAGCUCGUGUCUUGUUUUGCGUGGCCAUUUGCCCUCUUGCGCCUCUUGCUACCACGCUAUGUACCUUAUUUUGAUCCUGUUACCAACAAUGAC